UUCCCUGCGCGCUGGGUGAGACGCAGCGCAGCUUGUGCGGUGCCUGCUUCCCAGGGGAGCCUAGGGCUCCGACUAUGUUGCGCAGGCUGGGCUGUGUGCUGUUCUGUGCUCUUGUGGUUCUGCUGCUCGGCUGCCUGCUCUUUCUGAAGGAGCGAACACCAGCAGGCAGCUCCGAGGCCCACCAGCACUUCUUGGCACCGCCAAGGCCCCACCACAGCCAGUGCUCACCCAACCUCACAGUUGUUAACACCUCCCUGUCCCUGCCCAGCCGUCAUCGCCUCUUCUUAACCUAUCGUCAUUGCCGAAACUUCUCCAUCUUGCUGGAGCCUUCGGAGUGUGCCAGGGACAUCUUCCUGCUCCUGGUCAUCAAGUCUCAGCCGGCUCAUAUUGAACAGCGUGCAGCCAUUCGGAGCACUUGGGGCCGGGCUGGGAGCUGGGCUAGAGGCCGGCAAGUGAAGCUGGUGUUCCUGCUGGGGGUGGCAGGACCUGUGCCCCCAGCCCAGCUGCUGGCCUAUGAGAGUUGGCAGUUCGAUGACAUUCUACAGUGGGACUUCGCUGAGGACUUCUUCAACCUGACCCUCAAGGAGCUGCAUGUGCAGCGCUGGAUAGCCGCUGCCUGCACACAGGCCCACUUCAUACUAAAGGGGGACGAUGACGUCUUUAUCCAUGUUCCCAAUGUGCUUGAGUUCUUGGAGGGCUGGGAUCCAGCCCAGGACCUCCUCGUGGGAGAUGUCAUCCGCCUGGCUCGGCCCAACAGGAACACCAAAGUUAAAUAUUUCAUCCCAUUUUCCAUGUACAGGGCCCGCCACUAUCCACCUUAUGCAGGAGGUGGAGGCUAUGUUAUGUCCCAGGCCACUGUGAGGCAUCUUCACACAGCCAUGGAGGAGGCAGAACUCUUCCCCAUUGAUGAUGUCUUUGUGGGGAUGUGCCUGAGGAAGCUGGGGGUGACUCCCAUCCACCAUGCUGGCUUCAAGACAUUUGGAAUCCAACAGCCCCUCAACCCCAGGGACCCUUGUCUGUACAGAGGGCUCCUGCUGGUGCACCGUCUCAGCCCCCUGGAGAUGUGGACCAUGUGGGCACUGGUGACAGACGAGAGGCUGGAGUGUGCAGCCCACAAACCCUAGCCACGAGGCGUGGGCUGAGCAAAGCUUUAGUGAUUGAACCCCUGUCACCAGGAGAGACUACUGAAAACUGGUCCCUGCAGGUCAGCAGGAAGUGAUCUAUUUUUAUAAUGCCACCAACCUUAGUUGAUUAAAAGUCUUCCAGCCUGGCAAAUUUGUCCAGCAUGUGCUGAAAUGGGAGCGUGCGCUGCCAGGAGCCUUAGGAGAACCCAGGGCCCCUACAACUCCCACCGCCUCGGCCAUGAAGGAAAGACGCUGCACGACAGCCCAGAAGACUUUUUUUUUUUUUUAAUGCAAACACCAAACUUCUCUUCCUUUGGAUACAGCAGAGAAAUUCAAAGAAGGAACGAACAAGAAGCACGUGUUGGAGAGAAG